UCAGCAGAGACCAGAAGAGCAGACAGCAAUGGAGUCUGAGAAACCAAGUUUCGAACCGUUCCGGCUAUUCUCAUCAUCAGGGUCAGGAUUAUUCGACCAACCAGAGCCCCCUCUUCCUCCUCCACCUCCUUGUGUCGAAGUGCUUCCCUCUCAGAAAUCGCCGUCUGGGAAGUUCACUGUGGAGCCGGUUGAAUUGGGUGGACUUACAUUGCUCAAGGGCCGAGUUAGUACUCAAGAGGUUUUUACGCUAUCCAACUCCGAUUUAGUUCCGGGGAAAUAUGAAGGGGGACUAAAGCUAUGGGAAGGUUCACUUGAUCUAGUAAAAGCUCUUAGCUCUGAAGUUCAAAAUGGACAUCUAUCAUUUGCUGGUAAACGAGUUUUAGAGCUUGGCUGUGGUCAUGGACUUCCCGGUAUCGUUGCUUGCAUUGAGGGUGCAGCUGCUAUUCAUUUCCAGGACUUCAAUGCUGAGGUCCUGCAAUGUCUCACAAUACCCAAUGUAAAUGCAAAUGUUCCAAGCUUCCAACCUCCAGCAUUGCAAGAGACAAAGUGUGAUACAGGGAUGGAAAUUCGUUUUUUUGCUGGGGACUGGUGUGAAGUCCAUAACCUUCUUCCCUAUGCACAAAACAAUGAGAAGGAUGUUAAUGUUAGUUCAGGGCAAAAUCCAGAUCCUCACUAUGAUAUUAUUUUAAUGGCAGAGACAGUUUACUCAAUCUCCACCCUGCAACAUCUCUAUGAACUCAUAAAGAAGUGCAUCACCCGUCCUCAUGGUGUAGUCUACUUGGCAGCCAAGAAGCAUUAUUUUGGAGUAGGAGGGGGAACUCGAAGGUUCCUAUCAGUGGUGGAGAAAGAUGGUGUUCUGGUUUCUAGUAUGGUCGCUGAAGUUGCAGAUGGCUCGUCUAAUGUCAGAGAGGUGUGGAAGCUUUCAUUUAAGUAGGCUUGGGGUUCAUGUCAAUUCAGCGCUUCGAUCAGUGCCUUUGCUUUGUAACCUCCUGCUUGAUCACUCAACAUAAUAAUCUUACAAGCCCCUUAAAAUUGAGGUCAAGCUACCCUUUCUUCUGUCUUUUGCUUUCAGUCUCCUCCCCUAGUGGACCAUUUUGCCACUUACCUGCUAUAUAUAGAAUUAAUUCAACAAUUGUAAGUCUAAAUUGCAGCAUCACGAAUGUAGAGCAUGUUUUGGUUACACUGAUUAGAUGAUUUUGUUGUCUUAUCCUCACCCUUUUUCAUUUCCCCUAUUACUCUUCAUUGAUGCUCCAUCUAAUGCUAAUCGUUGAUUCAUGUGAAACCCUGCAGUCAUCUAGGUAUGGUUAUGCUCUUUGGUUGAUUGGUUUUCUUCUUCUUUUUUUUAUUUCUGGAUCUUUUGUUUUUGUUUCCUUCACUUUUAUUGCUGGUAAAUUAGAGUUUAGCUGAGGGCUGAACUUUAUUCGUGGCAAUUAUCAUUAUUGUAUCGUGUCCUUU